CAGUUCUCAAUCUCAAUCGCAAAGAUGAAGCUCACCAUUCUAACCGCCAUUGCGGCUUCCAUCCUUCCCGCAACUGCAUUACCUGCAGGAGGCGACCCCAAGCCUGACUUCAGCCUCGUGGGAUUUGGAAAAGACAAUCCAAUUGGCGCGACGACUGGGGGUAAAGGUGGUGAAACAGUGCGAGUCUCAACCCCAGCCGAGCUCAUCGCAGCCGUUGAGGGCGACGAACCGCGCAUCAUUCACGCAUCGGGAAGCUUCAACUUGACUUCUCGGCUCCGAAUCGGCUCUAACAAAUCGCUGCUCGGCACGGGCAACAACACGCUCAUCACGGGCGCAGGCAUCAAUAUCUACAAUGUCAACAAUGUUGUCGUGCGCAAUUUGGGUAUCCGGUUUAUCCUCGAUAACGAUGGGAUAACGAUUCAGAAUAGCACUCGCGUGUGGGUUGAUCACAACGAGUUUGAGAGCGAUUUGUUGGGUGGUCCGGAUAAGUACGAUGGACAAUGUGAUAUUGUCAGGGCUAGUGAUUGGAUCACCGUAUCGUGGAACUACUUUCACGACCAUUGGAAGUCGUCGCUCAUUGGAAACAGCGAUUCGUUGGGCGACGUGGAUCGCGGGCAUUUGCACAUUACCUACCACCACAACCACUGGCGUAAUUCAGGCACCCGGGGUCCCGCCGGUCGCUUCGGUCAUCAGCAUGUCUACAACAACCUCUACGAGAGCUUCCUCUACCAAGCUAUUCACAGUCGUAGCGACAACCAAGUCCUUGUGGAAGGCAAUGUUUUCCGCGGUAACACCUCUGAAGCGCUGUCAACGUACGGUCUUGUGAUCCCUCAAGACAGCCCAAACACAUCACCCGAGGGUGAUUAUGAACUUGAUGGGUUUGCCAAUCUCGGAGCGAAAAACGACUGGGGCCCAGCAACCAUCAACAUUACGCAAGUCGGAAACUUCACGAAGGCGCCGUACAAAUACAAACUCACUCCCUUGAAGAAAGUCCAGGAUCUUGUCAAAGCCAACGCUGGAUUGGGCAAGAUAUGAUUGCCCUUGGAUUCUUGAACCAAGUUGGAGGAAAGAACAUAGGCACAGCACAUGUCAAGUAAA